GUGGCGACAAUGCAUUAUAAUUUUACAAACCGCCUUUAAUAACAAAGACGAAGCUGAACCAACACAACAUGGCAACCUGAGUCGGGGAAAGACGUUUCUUUCAUGCAAUUUCAUCUCCACUGCCAAAAGUGACCAAAUGCUCUGCUGUGACAACAUGGCAGAAUAUUUCCACAUAAACACACCAUUACUGGAGAGUGCUGCAAUGUCAAAACAUGUGGGAACCACAGUCUAUCUGAAAAUGGAGAAUUUCCAGCCCUCUGGUUCUUUUAAGAUCCGCGGUAUUGGGUAUUUGUGCCAACAGCUUAUGUCAGAGUCAAACGACAAAGGAUUUGUCUGCUCCUCAGGUGGUAAUGCUGCGAUGGCAGCUGCCUAUGCAACCCAAAAAAUGGGUGUGCCAGUCACCAUAGUAAUUCCCUCAUCAACACCUCAUUUUGUUGUCCAGAGACUUGAAGAUCAAGGUGCUUCUGUCAAGAUAGUGGGCAAGGUUUGGGAUGAUGCUAACGCCGAGGCUCUCAGACUAGUUGAAGCAGAGGGACUUGUCUAUGUCUCCCCAUUUGAUCAUCCCCUGAUAUGGAAGGGAAAUUCUACUCUGAUCACAGAGACUGCAACCACUCUGGGUCCAACUGUCAGGCCUGGAGCAGUGCUGAUAUCUGUGGGUGGAGGUGGGCUCCUCUGUGGUGUUGUCCAGGGCCUCAAGGACGUAGGCUGGAUGGAUGUUCCCAUCAUUGCUAUGGAAACCGUUGGGGCAGACUGUUUGAAUGCUUCCGUUAAGGCAGGAAGGAUAGUCACCUUGGAUGACAUCACCAGUGAAGCUAAAAGCCUUGGGGCAAAGACAGUUUCUACAAAAGCAUUUGAAUACAGUCAGAGCAAUGAGGUCACAAUCAUUUCUGAAGUGGUGACUGACCAGCAAGCUCUUCAUGCCAUUGAGACAUUCCUGGAUGAGGAACAUGUACUUGUGGAAAUGGCAUGUGGAGCAACACUUGCAGCUGUCUACAGUGGAGUUGUGCACCGAUUACAGGCUAAAGGUGGCGAGCGUAGCUGUGGAGUACAUGAGUUGAUCUGCGUCAGAAAAGUCUCGCCAGAGGUGCUUGGAUUUCUGGCAGCCGUCGGACUCUUCAUUAUCAUCAUGACUCUCCUCUUCUGGUACCUCAACAACAAGUUGCUACUAAAUAAUGCAGGGAGCCUUCAGUGCCUUGAUGACUUCAGGAAAAAAACUGAAUUGCCAGAGAAGCUUUACACUGACGGCGAUCAGCAUGCGUCAUCAUCAGACAGCGAUGACGAAUUGAUGGGUCAGUAUCAAGAAGCAGUCAGUCGGGCCCAACGUCUCAGAGGAAGAGUCAAGGUGUCUGUUAAUAUCAGACAUGCGGGACACUUCAAGUGGGAGCGCCGACAGAAGUACAGCCCCCUGACGGUUGAUCAUGACGGCUACAGCAGUGACGCCUCAGCCGAUGUAGCCAACUGCAUUCAGAGGAUGAGACGGACACCCCCACUUGAUGAACUCCAACCGCCGCCAUAUCAGGAUGAAAAUGGAUCUCCACGCAUGUCUUGUACACUGUCAGACCUGGGUGAUGCCAAGUGUGAUCUCUCACAAACCAGUGGUAGCCCCCACCUUUCCUUUCGCAAAUGCACGAGUGAGGGAAGUGAUGGCCAUGAGACAGAGAGUUGUCUAAAUAAGGGCUAUGAGGAAGAUGUGCCCAGUGACAGUACUGCUAUUCUCAGUCCAGAGGAGAUGUCAGCCCGCAGUUCAGCAGCACAGCUCCCGAAAGGCUACGAACCAGAUCAAGUUGCAAAAUAUGGCACUCUUGAUGUAGCAUUUGACUAUGAUCCAGAGGAGCAACAGCUGGCUGUGACCAUCAUGGCAGUAACAGACCUUCCGAUCCUAAAACACACCAGCAGGAUCUCCUGGCAGGUCCAUCUAGUGCUGCUACCCAUGAAGAAGCAGAGGGCAAAGACGGGAAUCCAAAGAGGCCCAUGCCCUCUCUUCACAGAAACCUUUCACUUUAACCGUAUGGAAUCUGAGAUGAUCAGCAACUACGCCAUCAGAUUUAGACUUUAUAGUAUGCGGCGGAUGAAAAAGGAGAAGGUGCUUGGGGAAAAUGUAUUUUAUCUCACCAAGCUUAAUCUUCAGGGGAAAAUGUCUGUACCAGUCAUUCUAGACCCAUGCUGCACAUAUCCAGGUGAUGAUUCCCUCAUCAGUCUCUCAGAUAUGACGUGCAGUGAAAGCGCCUCUUCAUUCCCAUCCAUCAGUCAGACUUCCACACCAGAGAUUCUUGUGGGGCUGGUGUACAAUGCCACAACAGGACAUCUUUCUGUAGAGGUCAUCAAAGGAAUCAAUUUCAAGAACCUAGAAACCAAUAAGCCACCCAACACAUACGUUAAGCUGACCUUACUGAACUCCAUCGGCCAUGAGAUGUCCAAGUGUAAAACAUCUAUCUGUCGAGGCCAACCCAACCCAACCUACAAAGAGACGUUUGUCUUCCAGGUUGCGCUUUUCCAGUUAUCUGAUGUAACACUCAUCCUCUCUGUCUACAACAAGCGCAGUAUGAAACGCAAGGAGAUGAUUGGCUGGAUCUCGCUUGGGCUCAACAGCUCUGGGGAAGAAGAGCUCUCACACUGGACUAUGGUGAAAGAAUCCAGAGGACAGCAGGUUUGCCGCUGGCACAGUCUGUUGGAGUCCUAACUGCACCGCAAAUGUACACAAGAAUAUGACCACUAACUUUGCACAUUGUUGUUACCUGAAUUGGGUAAAAUGGAAAAAAAAGAUGGUGAACUGGUCUGCUGGUGAUAAAUCUGAAGGAAGCACUACUCACUUUUUAAUUCUAGUAAAAUUAAUUAAAAACUGGAAAGAGAGAAAUAUAAUGUUCUCAGAGGAAACAUGUAUACAGCCUUUACAUCAUUUACAAAACUGCAGUGGAACCUUUAAGGUUGAACACAAUAUGCUCCAACAUGCUGACCAACCUCAGAUUGGUUUGCCAAGAAGUUUUAAGUAACAUUUUAAGAUGUACACAUCAUGUUGGUUUAAAACAAAGUUAACUGCUGUUUAUAUUAGUGUCAGAACAUUUUGUAAUCACCCUUAACCGGAUAAGUGAUCCAGUAACAAUUGUGGAGAUGUAUGUUAAUGCUCGUACUUGGAAGAUGGAUGGUCACAGAAAAGACUAAAUGUACCUCACAUUGCGUUUUUCUGGUUUUACAAUGAGUGUUACAUUGAAGAAAAUAAGUAUUUGAACACCCUACUAUAGUACAAGUUCUCCCACUUAGGAAUCAUGGAGGGGUCUGAUGUUUUCAUCGUAGGUGCAUAUCCCCUGUGAGAGCGAUAAUCCAAAAAGAAAAAUCCAGAAAUCACAAUAUAUGUUUUUUUUCAAUGAUUUAUUUGUUUGAUACAGCUGCAAAUAAGUAUUUAAACACCUGAGAAAACCAAUGUUGAUAUUUGGUACAGUAGCCUUUGUUUGCAGUUGCAGAGGUCAAACGUUUCCUGUAGUUGUUCAGCAGGUUUGCACACACUGCAGGAAAGAUUUUGGCCCACUCCUCCACACAGAUCUUCUCUAGAUCAGACAGGUUUCUGGGCUUACGCUGACAAACAGCAUUUCAGCUCUCUCCAAAUAUUUUCUAUUGAAUUUAACUCUGGAGACUGGCCAGGCCACGCCAGAACCUUGAUAUGUUUCUUAUGCAGCCACUUCUUGGUUUUCCUGGCUUUUUGCUUUGGGUCAUUGUCAUGUUGAAAGACCCAGCCACGAACCAUCUUCAAUGCUCUGACUGAGGGAAAGCGGUUAUUUCCCCAAAAUCUCACAAUACAUUGCCGCGGUCAUCCUCUCCUUAAUACAGUGCAGUCGUCCUAUCCCAUGUGCAGAAAAACACCCCCAAAGCAUGAUGCUACCACCCCCAUGCCUCACAGUAGGGAUGGUGUUCUUGGGAUGGAAUUCAUCAUCCGUCUACCUCGAAACACGGUUAGUGAAAUAAUGACCAAAAAGUUCCAUUUUGGUCUCAUCUGACCACAAAACUUUCUCCCAUGACUCUUCUGUAUCCUCCAAAUGGUCAUUGGCAAACUUAAGACGGACCUUGACAUGUGCUGGUUUAAGCUGGGGAGCCUUCCGUGCCAUGAAAUCAUCGAACCAUGACGUCUUCGUGUAUUACCAACAGUCACCUUGCAAAAGGUGUUCCCAGCUCUUUUCAGGUCAUUGACCAAGUCCUGUCAUGUCAUCCUGGGCUUAUUCCUCACCUUUCUAAAGAUCAUUGAGACCCCACAAGGUGAUAUCUUGUAUUGGGCUCCACUCCGAUUGAGCUUGACCGUCAUUGUUAGCUUCUUCAAUUUUCUAAUGAUUGCUCCAACAGUGGACCUUUUUUCACCAAGCUGCUUGGCAAUUUCUCCGUAGCCCUUUCCAGCCGUGUGGAGUUGUACAAUUUUGUCUCUGGUGUCUUUGGACACCUCUUUGGUCUUGGCCAUGUUACAAGUUUGAGUCUUUGUGAUUGUAUGGGGUGGACAGGUGUAUUUAUGCAGCCAAAAGACGUGAUUUUUCCGUAUAUAGGGGAAUUCCGUCUUUUUAAAUUGCAUUGAUUAAAAAUAUAUAUAUUCUCCGUUUUUCUGCAAUAUUCCAAUUGUAACCCAUGCCAGAAUCCACACACAUUCAAAUUCUGGUCCGACUUUUGCAAGUGAGGUGGAAGAUUAGAUAUACGUCUGUUGAUAGGUCGAAUGUGUUCCUCCUGACCAAUGAAAACGCUUGUUAUAUAUGAGGCGGUUCAUUGGGCCAUUUUGAAGUCAACACGAUGGCGGUGCUCGAGGAAGGACGCCUCUCUUGUGAAAGAAAUUGAUAGAUAUGUCAAAAAUAAGUUCUGAUGGGAUUGGAUGGAACGAGAAAUCGUCGCUAAUGUUGGAAAGAAGGAAGUUACUGCUCUGUUAAGCGACUUCAUUCGCAAAGUCGAUCGACCUGGUAAAGCAUAGUGCACAUGAUGUCAGAGUACUAUUGACUAUGGAUCAAGAGGUUUCAAGGCAUUGGAAGUUCAGGCGACAUGACAAAAACACGUCAACAACUGGAAUCAAGGAAAAUAAACUUUACAUUGUUACAGCUGUUGCACUGUUACAUUAAGAUCUCAACCCAAGGCCAAGAACCAACCCCAGUUGCAGACAAGGUAAUCAAUAAUGAAGUGAGAGUUCAGAAGCAACUGCUUGUAAAAAUUUCCAUUAUUUGCUGAAAACGACACAUGAAUUUAAUAAUUAAAAAUAAUGCGUUUCAAUAACUUAAUAAAACAAGAAAUUAAAACGUUCUUGAAUGGAUACGAUAUACAUGCUAUGAAAGGAUGCUUGCAUGCCAUUAUGCAAAUCUGAAUUUAAUUUAGUAGUUUACUUAGUUGAAUUUGUAAUUAUUUGGGGUAAAAGUAUGCACCUAAAUAAUGAACUAUCAUGUUGUGUACAUUAUGAAUACAUAAUAGCAUUUAUUUAUAGAUGUACUAGAUAUAUUUCAUUAUUAAUACAAUUUAUAAAUCUUGCACGUUAAAAUUGGUGAUCAUCCUUUGAUCAUGAUUGCAGCCCCCAGACCCACGGCUAUUUUUCAGUCUUUUUUCAUUCACCAAAUCACGUCUGAGCUAACGACCUCACACAGAUGCAUCUGAUUCAGGAUAAUGCAUGGAGUGGAGUUGGACUUUUAAAGGCGUACGAACAGGUCUUUGAGGGUCAGAAUUCUCGCUGUUAGACAGGUGUUCAAAUACUUAUUUGCAGCUGUAUCACACAUUAUCUCUCUCACAGUUGGACAUGCACCUACAAUGAAAAUUUCAGACCCCUCCAUGAUUUCUCAGUGGGAGAACUUGCAAUAUAGCAGGGUCUUCAAAUACUUAUUUUCUUCACUGUAACUUGGAACUUGAAACCAUGAUAGGGAUGCGUAGUGCUACUAUUUCCAGUUUGAUGGUGAUCAUAAUGGUUUGCAACAUCACAAAAAAAAACAAACAGAAAAGCACAUACACAAACACACACACAUGCCAAAGAAAAACAAAGCACACUAAGGCCUGGGUCACACAAAUAUUUUUCAAAUCUUAAAAGAUUUUUUUUUUUAAUCUGUGAAAGACCUCCCCAAAUCAUAAAGACAAAAGUCUUUAACAGUUGGGGUCAAAUUGUGUGUUUUAUGCUAUGAUAAUCCCGACACAGGACACCACACACGUAAUAAUCAUGAUGUACAAGACUGUGGAAUGUUUUAGGUCGGCCUCAAAAGCAAUAGAAAGAGCAUCUUUCAAGAAAGGUGGUUAGAACUUCGCUUAGCAUCUGCUCAGGUUACUCUGUCGAGGUGUGUGCUAACUUAAACUUUGCUGGGGUUUCAUAAGUGGCUGUUAGAACCUAGGCGAAUCUUUCUCGACACAGACUUAAGUUAGCUCUUGUCACUAUUUACGGUCCAGUUUGUAAGACACAAGGACAACAGUGAGCUUCAACCUUUUAAACGGGGAACUAGUUAGGACUUUCGUGGUACCAUAAGUACAAGGGAGCCUGGAUAAGUGAGAUUUUACAAUGUCUGGUGAGCCCACUUUUUUACAAAAUACGACAUUGGUUAGGACAGGGGUCCCCAAAGUUUUGUACCCCAAGAUCUACUUUUCAAGCAGCCAGCCUCUCACGAUGUACCCGUGACUGCCAUGGAGAAAGCAAAAGAGAGACCGUAAAUAGGAGGCUAGUUUGCUGGAACGUGCCUUUAUGUGUUAUAAUGUAUCUGCCACACCUGAAUCAAGCGACGAGAUGGAUGAUAGACUGAUGUCUUUUUUUUUCUUUUUUUGGGCACGCCAUCACACCAUCGACCAAAACUGCCUCACGAUCGACACGUUGAGCACCCCUGUGUUAGGACAUGUCUGUUUUAUGUUUAGUUUUUUGAGUGGUUAUAUUCCAUUUCACGUCACAAUUCAGAGAGAGAUGACGUCUUUCCACCAAUGCAAAGAGUUUUUGUAGGGUCACAAAAAUAUUGGACACGUUCAUGAUUUAAUAUUCUCGGACACGACUCGGUUUGGACUCUAAACUUGGGACAAAUCCACUCUUAAUACACCCCUCAUCCAAGGACAACCUUAUAGUAUAAUCUUCUAAUACAUAAGAUUGUCCGGCGUUUGACACAGGACUUGGACAAAGAGAUUGCCUUUAUGUUCAUACCAGGCUGUUUAGUCUUUUUGUCUGACUAUUUCUUGGGGAAAAUUCAAGGAUAACUCCUGAAUUGUGUUUAGAGGUUGCACUGCACAAUAUUGUACAAGUUCUUUGCGGUAAUGUUUUUAUUCACAAUAUCCCAGUUUGGAAUGUUUAAAGCUAACACUGCCAACCCAUCUCAACAUUGUUUUCGUUUUGUCAUAAUGUUAAGUAACAAUGAGAAAGCACAUUCACAAACAAAAAUCUCUCACUGACAGUUUACAUAUUAAAAUGAUCACUUUCCAGUAGACAUGUCUGUGACAUGCUUUCUUCCAAAUCAAUAAUUAUAGCACAAUUUUCACCCUCUCUUUUGUGCCUCACCAAAAGCCUGUUUUGAAGUCCAAUGUUCAGUCGCAUGAAAACAAGUCACUGCCCCCUCUGCUGUAAAUUGUGCAACAGAAGCACAGCUUUGUGUUGCCAUGAUGACAGUGAAAGACGGAGCAAGUCAGAAGAAAAGUCCCAUCCAGAAAUGGAAAAGAUCAAUUAUAUGAUCACCAUCACCAAGCGGCCAAAUGACUCAAUUAGUGUGAUGAUCCGUGUAUGUGGGGCCUUGCAGUGGACAAAUCAACAAACACUAAGGACACACAGAUAUGGUAAAUAUUGUGAUUAUGCCAUAGCUACCGUAGUACUUUUAUGAUCAUAAGUUUUCAUCCAUGAUUAACAUGAUGAGACACAUGAAGUGUUUAAAUGGAUUUUAAGUCCAGAUACUCCUAAUACUUUUUUUUUCCAAUAGAGUUUUGUUCAACUAAGGUACAUUGAAUCCACGCUCACGAUAAAGCCUGCAAUUUCCGUUCUCAAUCAUGCCACCUCGAGGCCAACUCUGGUGCUAUGCGGCCGCUUUGUUGCACACAAAGAAUCUCUUGCCUCUUUUGUGAAUAUGUACAUAUCUUUAUGCAAAAGAACCCAAACCCAUCAUUCCAAUUUUACAAGUACUGACAGAUGACAGCACUUCACUCACAGUGAGAUUUGAUAGUUUGCUGAAAAAAAAGGGAAAAAAAUCCACAUUUGUCCAGCCAUAGGUGUAAUUUCAAGUAUCCCACUUUCUUACUUCAUGUAUAAAGAACCGGAAAGGGCACCAAAAUCUUUACAAUUCUUGCAUUUGUGCUUAGUGGAGUGUUAACAAAAUGGGCAUGCAUGUGGGAUAGGAAAUGUGUUGAAAUGUACAGUAAAAUGAGAAAAGAACAGCUGACAGUUGGGAUAUUUUCAUUUUGGGUCUUUGAAGUCAUCAUUAUUCAGAAAAAAAAUUGCUGUGUCCUUUCUGUGAACUAAUCUAUUUUUGUAUUUGUUUGGGUAAGAAAAAUUUAUUAACUUAUCCUUUAUAAAAUCACUCUCUUGCGCGAUCAUGCUGUAAUUCAUUUAAUCAUAUAUUUAUUGUAGCAAUUUCUGUUUCGAGAAGAAUUAUUUCAAUUCCGUACAGUUUUUCCGAGGUUCAUUCCCUCCAAAGCCAGGCAGGAGCUUGUGCUGUCAUCAAGCCUUCAUGAUUAUUCUCUUUCCAAACUAAAGCACAGUGAGCACAGAUCAUUUCAACAAAACUGUAUGUGUGAAAAAUGGCUCAGCACAAAACUCAAGAUGAACAUCUAAAAUAGACCCAAGAGCAGUUUUUGGAUGUACUGCAUGUCAUGAAAAAUUGAUAGUGUGGUUCGAUGUAUAGAAAUAUUUCUUAAAAGUGGCUCAUUGUGGCACUGAUAUUUAGUGGAACCAAUGUACAUUUACAAUCCCACAAACACAGCUCGUGCUGAAGCGGCUGGAUCAUGACAGUACCCCCCCCCUCAAAGGCACGGCUCCCAGACGUGCCUAAACGAAAAAACAGACACUAAUUAAUACAGGCAGGGGUGGGCGGAAGGGGGUCCGGAGGAGGGCACGCCCCCCCCCCCCCCCCCCGAACCCCAGACUGGUGGCCAUCCAGGCCACCAAACACGAGGCGUCCGGGCAGACAGGUCAGGAGGACGACCCGGACGCCAAGCACCAGGGUCCCCACGGGGCGAUUCGGGCGGACGACCUCUGUGAGGAACCCAACGGCGAAGCAGGAACCAGAACGAGGCAGGCAACUGCUCUGGAUGAGAACCUCCCACGCCGUGGUUGCGAGACGACCAGGGACUGGUCGCCACCGAGGCUUGGUCAGGAAGCGGCUGGGAGCCAUCUGGAGCGGAGAAGAUGAUGGAGAGCAGGACCAGAGCCAUGACCGCCACCCCGAAGUCUCUCCAGCUCCUGGGUGGCUCCACAGAACUCCCCAGCUCCUGCUGGACAGGCACGAGAGAAGGCGGCGGCGCCAGUAUCGCCCCCUCCUGGACAGCAACUUGAGAAGGCGGCGCAAGUACCGCCCCCUCCUGGACAGCAACUUGAGAAGGCAGCGCCAGUA